GGACUCGAAGUCGAGCUCCGAUGGGUACCUGCCCACAUCGGUAUCCAGGGCAACGAAGCAGCAGACAUCGCCGCCAAGGAGGCGACGGGAUGGAGGCCAGACGGACAGACAGGUUCCAGGGCAGACAAGCCGAGAGCCUUGUUCAAACUCAGAUCAACAGUCAAGACAUGGUCGCAUAAACAGUCCCACCACGCGUGGCAAACCAAAUGGGAAACCGAGACGCGAGGGAGAACAUCGUUCCGUCUCACGCCGAAGCCGACAAAGAAGGUCCUCGAACUCCACGAAGGCCUGAGUAAACGCCAGAGCGCACUCCUGGUCCAGAUGCGCACGGAAAAGAUCGGGCUCCAGGACUUCCUCUUCAACCGAAGAGUACCGGGCAUCACCAACGCCAACUGCCCAUGCCGGGAGGGACGACAAACGGUGUCGCACAUCCUGCUGCGAUGCCGCAGGUUUCGACAACUCCGGCGCCAGGCAUUCGGAACCCUCCCAGGACGACACAAUCUCCGGGUCAUACUGAACAAGCGCAAAGCAGCCGCCAAGGCAAUCCGGUUCAUAGAACAGACCGAGAUCCUUGGGCAACACGGGAUCGAGUCGCAUACCAGACUAAGCUGA